GUCAUUAGUGUCAAACUUGUUUGUUUGCAAAACAACGAGAUUUCUAAGUCCCGGCAUAAUUUUAAAAAUAAUGAAUACUGCUCUCAGAAGUCGUAAAAAAAGAUAUGAAAGAGUGAUGUCUCGUCUUCAUAGUCAGUCACAAUCUAACGUAAGAUUAAGUUCAACUGUGACACGCCAUGAUAUACCGUCAUCUGUAAGAGUUGGCGCGAAAACAACUGGUUCUAAUGUGAGCUCGGGAAUCUUUAAUGAACUUCCAACUUACUUAGAUGACUAUGAACCAGAAUCAAGUCAUCAGAAACUAAAACGGACGUAUGUGGUGAAGCCUCGUAAGACUAUCACAUCUAUGAACUUGGCAGACUGUCCGCCUCGUGUGGCCUCUAACUUCUCCAAGGCAAGGGAAUCAAGUAAAAAGUCUUCGUCUUUUCGGGUGCAGGAAUCUGCUCCUUCUGUUUUAGAAAGCAAUGAGGAAAAGUGGUCCAAUACACCAUUAAGAGAGUGUUUCUCCAGUAGAUCCCAUACACAUUUGAAGGAUUUAAGGGAUGAAAUAAAAGCUUACAAAGAGACUGAGAAGUUGAUGAGGCUGCGAAGUAGUUUGUAUAAGAAGUGUGGUGUAGUGUUGGACGAUGUCGGGAAUAUGGUGGAGGACAAGGCUGUGCAGGCUCAACUUGAACCGGCUGCAGAUCAUGACACUGGACAGGUGGAGAAUAGAGCGGAGCGCGAGUACGUCGGACAGACUGCCGGAGCCGCUGUGCCUCACCAACAGAUGAGAAGCCUCGCCUCGCCAUACCCAGUCGAUCGAUAUUUGGUUGAGAGCAGCAAAAAGUUUGAAAUGGUUAAUAUCAUAGACGACGAUAUAUGGAACACAGAGCCAGCAUUAAAACCAGAAGAUGAACUUAUAUUAAGGAAACUCCAUGAUACGCUGCAAUCGACUGCGGAUGACCUGAAGCUACUCUCCGGGGAAUUGACCAAAUUUCGUGAGCCAGGCGUGCAAGUCAAAACCACUCCUACGCCAUUAGACGAGGAAUUCAAUGAGAAAGUUCAUAUUGAGGAAAUUGUAAAUGCCAAAUUUCACGGGUACAAAAUUAUUGAUAAAUCAGCUUUAUACGUCCCUGAAAACAAGUCUACAAAAGAAACAGCAGACAAACAACCUUCUGCUGAUUCAAAAUAUCACAAAACCUCUAACAUUAAUGCUCCUGUAAAUGUUGAAAAAGUAAAUAAAAAGCCUAUUAUUCAUAGAAACUUAGGAAUAACUCGAACUAAAGUAAUACAAAUAAGUGGUGAUACAAGUAGCACAAAGACUGAGAAGCUUAAUAAUGGUACAGUAGUAAACGCACCGACUGUUGCAUAUAAUGAAUAUUCUUAUGUGUACGUAGAACCAAAACCUACAACGUCUAGUAAAAAAUUGCAAGUUCAGGAAAUGCCAAGUAUAAACAUUAGAAGCGAACUUAAAGAGCAGAAAGUUUUACAGUUAGAUAUUAUGCCAGAAGUUACAAAACGUGACACACCUGAUAUUGUUAAAAACAAUGUAACUGUCGUAGCGAUUCACCAUGAGACAUGUAAACCCGUACAAACAGAGUCCACUAUGAGGCUCCGAGACGAAACACUACAUCAGUUCAGUCAACCGGUUACAUCUAGAAAGGUAUCUAAAAUGUCAACAUACGACAGUAGUGGCUCCACUAACAAUAUUAGUUCUGACACUAAAAUAAAAUUGAAAACACAAAAACGUAUUCUAACAAAUAUUAGAACUUCGCCGAAAAUGUCAGCUCGUAGCGAUCGUAAGAAAAAGAAUAUCAAAAAAGAACCUGAACAAAGAGCUCAUUUGAAUAUGGAGGAAUGGCGAAAAAAACUGAAUAGUGUAUAUGGGGCAACAAGUUUAAAAAAAACGAAAUCGCCUCAAAGUAAAACUGGUAAGCCUACCGUAAAGAAAUCAAAUAUUCACCAGGAAAAUAAGACGAAAACAAAUAAUUUAAACAAUACCGAAUACAUACCAUACUCAAAAUUAACUGUAGGAGGAGCGAGAGCUAGUGAUAUUGAACGAGAAAUAUCAGAUAUUCCUAACAAGAAGGAUAUACCAUUAAGUCCUAUUUUAGAUCGAAUCUUAACUAGUAGAGAAAAUUCAUUUAGCUUAAAUAGCUCUCAAACACGCCAACCAAAUGAUAAACCAAAUAUUUUUACUACUUCUGAUGAAAAUUUAUUGCAAGAGGUGAUUGAUAUCGAGAAAACUGUAAGCGAGACUCUGUCCAAAAAUCUAAACAAUAUUAAUUCAAAAAUACAAAUAGAAGAAAGCGAAAGUGAUGAGGUAAAAGAAAAUGAUAGUUAUGCUGACGACUUUGAAGAAGAAAAGACAGAUGGCUCUGGACAAUCGGGCAAUAGGAAAACAAAUACUUCAAUGUCGAAUGAGGAUCAAAAGUCAUUUGACGAAGAAAAUUAUUCAUUGGAAAAUAAUGAUAGACAUAAAACCGCUCAAAGUAUAACUCGAAAACCAAUCUCGAGUCCAUUACACACAAAUGUUCAAUUAAACGAAACUUAUAAAAAAUCUUCCAAUUUGUCUUUCAAGAAUAAAGUUGACGUAUUCGAAUAUGUACAUUCUGUCGAUACUCAGGAUUCCGCCACACAAAGUAACACCGAACUGAAACUAUCUCGCAAGGAAACACAAACGUCGCCAGUCAACGACAACAGCAUACAACCGAUACACAACGAUCUUUGGCCAAGCAUUGAUCCUAAAGGUGAGGUAGAAAAAAUGUUUCAAAUGGAAAAAGAGUUUAUAAAAAAACUUAUUGUGGAGGAGUAUGGUGACCUACUAGAAAAGAAUAUAGAUAAACCUUCGACUUCCAAAGAAGUUCAGAUAACCCUUAACGUAGCUGCAUCACAAAAAAACACUCAAACAUCUCCAGCACAUGUGAAAAAUGUCAUGACUUCUCCUACAAAAACUAAGACUAGAACGACUUCACCAUUUUCGAAGGUAACCGUCGACCAUCACACCAGCCCAUUGAUAUUUGUCGUUGAUGAAGAUGAUGUCAAAUUGGAUAUAGAAAACGAGGACGAACCAGGCAUUUCCAUAAACUUGUCAUCUCCAAGAUUUAGUUUGCGUUUGCCGCGAACUUCUAGAGAAGUUUUAUCUAAUUUAGGAAACAGUGUGCCAAGAACAGCAAAACAAAGUGCUUCGAGAGUUAAAAAUGUUAAGAAAAAUAAUAUUACAACAAGUACAAGUUCCUUUGAAGCUGACUCUUCAGAGAUUAGUAGUUUAGGAGAAGUGAAACUUGCUAGAAAAUUAAGUAGAGCUAGGGUUGUUUCAGAAACUGAUUCGGUAUCAUCAUCUUCCAUGUCGGAAGUAUAUUCGGGGAUAUUACCUCUGAGGAGUGAAGGUGAAAUGAGCGUCAGUCAUAAACAAAAAUCUAAUAAGCAACACAAAAGCGAGGGCGAGGCUAGCGUUGGCUUGUUUUAAAUGAAUUUAUGCUAAGCUUAAUUUAUGAAUUCUAAAUAAAAAAUUGUUGUAUGAUUGUAAUGAGAAUCAGAAUGCAGUUAUUUCAGUUAUCGGCAUAAAUGUAAUUAUUUCAAUACUUAAAUGUGCUGUUUUGAACAAAAAUGUUAAAUAUCGAUUAAAAGUCUGAAACUGAAUAUUAGUUUAAGUUGAACAGCAACAUGGUUGAUGGAUGAUUGUUUAAAGUGAUAACAUACACUACUGAUUCUCAUUAUAUGGUAAUACUGCGAGGUCAAUGAUAGUUGUUUACCUAAAGUACAAAUCAGUAGAAUAGAAUAUAAUUUUAAUGUACACAAAUAUUUCUGCCGGGAACAUUAGCGGAAUAAACGUAAAGGUACAACAAAACUUUAGGUCUUGAUUAAAGUUAUCUAGUUCUUAAUAAUGUUGUUUACUUUUUAAUGCUCUAUAGAAUAUAAAUGUUUCGUCUUCCAAAUUCCAGCAUGUACUUAGUAUCAAAUGCGAUGUAUUGAAGAGUGUUUGCACGAAAACGCAAGAUCUCAAAUUUUAAAAACUUUAUUAAGGGUUUAACUAACUAUAUACCGUUCCGCUAAUAUUACUUUGGUGCAUGUGUUUUAUUAUAUUUUUUACGCCAUUUAGUUUUAUAAUAAUUAGGUAAAUAAGUGUAUUUUUUUGCAUUAUGAAUUUAUGAUGAAAUAAUAAACAGUUAUUAGAAAAUA